AAAGAAAACUCUUCUGGGAAGUGAUGAUGGAAAAUUAUGAGGCCGUGGCCUCUCUGGGGGACCACCUUUCCCAGAAGGCCUUGCGAGCACCAGAGAGGUCAACCCUGACUUUUCAAGGUGUCCAGAGCACGUUUUUUCCUCGAGAUGGAGAUGGAAAUGUAUGGAAUGUGCAGUUCUGCAGGGCCUCACUUCUUUCUUGUUUCCCCCGGCUGGAGAGUGAAUUUGCCUUUUGCAUGUCUACAGGAAAGAGAUCCCCGGUGUCCUUUGAGGAGGUAGCCGUGUUCUUCAUGGAGGAGGAAUGGGCUCUUCUGGAUCCAGGCCAAAGGAAACUCUACUGGGAAGUGAUGGUGGAAAAUUAUGAGACUGUGGCCUCUCUGGUUGGAGAUGGGAGGGAGAUGGUGAGUGAGAAAGAAUCAAGGUGGAGAAUUUUAGAAAAAGACAAUGAUCUGAAGGUGGAAGCAAAAUUUGAAGAUCAAGUGGUUCCAAAGAGACACUGUAGAAGAAAAAAGGAAGCAAAAGACAAGCAAACUAAGGAAUUGUUUGCCUCUCAGAAACGAAAUAAGCCUGAGGUCUUAGCCCAAGAUGAAACAGGGAAGAGAAAGAGAAGGCACAAUGGUGCCAUGAAUCAGAAAACGUUCAUCUGCAAAUUGAGUGUAAAAACAGUUGAGAAUGUUACAACAUGCUGGAAAAGGUAUAAAUGCUUGGAAUGUAGGAAGAGCUUCCGUUGGAGUAGUGCACUAACUCUGCAUCAAAGGAGUCACACAGGGGAGAAGCCAUAUAAGUGCUUGGAGUGUGGAGAGUGCUUCUCUGUGCAUAGCAGCCUACUGAGACAUCAAAAGAUUCACACCGGGGAGAAGCCAUAUAAAUGCUUGGAUUGUGGAAAGUAUUUCUCUCAGAAAAGCAGCCUAACUACACAUCAAAGGAUUCACACAGGGGAGAAACCAUAUAAAUGCUUGGAGUGUGGAAGGUGCUUUUCUUGGAAAGGCAUACUAAGGACACAUCAAAAGAUUCACACAGGGAAGAAACAACAUAAAUGCAUGGAGUGUGGAAUGUGCUUCUCUCGGCGUGGUGAACUAACUACACAUCAAAAGAUUCACACAGGGAAGAAACAACAUAAAUGCAUGGAGUGUGGAAUGUGCUUCUCUCGGCGUGGUGAACUAACUACACAUCAAAAGAUUCACACGGGGGAGAAGCCAUAUAAAUGCUUGGAGUGUGGAAAGUGCUUCUCUCAAAAUGGCAGCCUAACCAUACAUCAAAAGAUUCACACGGGGGAGAAGCCAUAUAAAUGUUUGGAGUGUGAGAAGUGCUUCUCUUGGAAUGGUGACCUAACUAAACAUAAAAGGGUUCACGCAGGGGAGAAGCCAUAUAAAUGUUUGGAGUGUGGAAGGUGCUUCUCUUGGAAUGGUGACCUAACUAAACAUAAAAGGGUUCACACAGGAAAGAAACAACAUAAAUGCAUGGAGUGUGGAAUGUGCUUUUCUCGGCGUGGUAAACUAACUACACAUCAAAAGGUUCACACAGGGGGAAAGCCAUAUAAAUGUAAGGACUGUGGAAAGUGCUUCUCCCGGAAGAGCACCCUGAUCAGACAUCAAACAGUUCACACGGGAGAGAAGCCACAUAAAUGCUUGGAGUGUGGAAAGUGCUUCUCUCAAAAAGGCAUACUAACUGGACAUCAAAAGGUUCACACAGGGGAGAAGCCAUAUCAGUGCUUGGAAUGUGGAAAGUGCUUCUCUCAGAAUAGCAGCUUAAACAGGCACCAAAAUGUUCACACAGGGGAGAAGCCAUUUGAAUGCUUGGAAUGUGGAAAGUGCUUUUUUCAGAAUAACCAGCUAAUCAGGCAUCGAAUGCUUCACACAGAGGAGGUUCCAUAUAAAUGCUUGGAGUGUGGAAAGUGCUUUUCUUUGAAUGGUGAACUAACAAAACAUCAAAAGAUUCACACAAGGGAGAAGCCAUAUAAAUGCUCGGAGUGUGGAAAGUGCUUCACUCAAAAAAGCGUACUAACUGGACAUCAGAAGGUUCACACAGGGGAAAAGCCAUAUAAAUGCAUGGAGUGUGGAAAGUUCUUUUCUCGGAAUAACACCCUAAACAGACAUCAAAGAGUUCACACAGGGGAGAAGCCCUUUGAAUGCUUGGAGUGUGGAAAGUGCUUCCCUUAUAAUAGUGACCUAACCAGUCACCAAAAGGUUCACACAGGGGAGAAGCCAUUUGAAUGCUUGGAGUGUGGAAAGUUCUUCUCGCAGAGUGUCAAUCUGAGGACUCAUCAAAUGGUUCACAUAGGGGAGAAGCCAUAUCAGUGCUUGGAUUGUGGAAAGUGCUUUUAUCGGAAUGGUGACCUAACUAGACAUCAAAAGAUUCACACAGGGGAGAAGCCCUAUAAAUGCUUGGAGUGUGAAAAAUGUUUUUAUUUGAAUGGUGAUCUAACUAAACAUAAAAGGAUUCACACAGGGGAGAGACCAUAUAAAUGCUUAGAAUGUGGAAAGUGCUUCUCUUGGAAAUCUGUUCUAACUAAACAUCAAAAGGUUCACACAAGGGAGAAACCAUACUGGAGAGGUGGCAGCAAGAUCGGAAAAGAUCGAGUGAUCCUAAAGAGGCAGUGCAGGAGGAAAUGGGAAGCAAAAGAGAAGCGCAGGAAAGACUUCUUUGCCUGUCAGAGAAGAAAUGUGCCUGAGGUCCCAGCCCAGGAGGAGACAGGGAAGAGAAGCAGGUGGCAUAAUGGUGCCAUGAAUCAGAAAGACUUAAGCUGCAAAUUGAGUGUCAAAACAUUUGAGAAUUUUACGACAUUCUGGAAGAGGUAUAAAUGCUUGGAAUGUGGGAAACGCUUCCACUGGAGUAGUGCACUAACUCUGCACCGAAGGAUUCACACAGGGGAGAGGCCAUACAUAUGCUUCGAGUGUGGAGAGUGCUUCUCUGUGAAUAGCAGCCUACUGAGACAUCAAAAGAUUCACACCGGGGAGAAGCCAUAUAAAUGCUUGGAUUGUGGAAAGUAUUUCUCUCAGAAAAGCAGCCUAACUACACAUCAGAGGAUACACACAGGGGAGAAACCAUAUAAAUGCUUGGAGUGUGAUAAGUGCUUCUCUUUGAAUGGUGAACUCACUAAACAUAAAAGAGUUCACACAGGAGAGAAGCCAUAUACAUGCUUGCAGUGUGGAAAGUGCUUCUCUCGAAAGGGCAACCUUUCCAUACAUCAAAGGGUUCACACACGGAAGAAGCGAUAUAAAUGCGUGGAGUGUGGAAAGUGCUUCGUGCAGAAUGGUGAACUAACUGCACAUCAAAAGGUUCACACAGGGGAGAAGCCGUUUAAAUGCUUGGAGUGUGGAAAGUGCUUCUCUUGGAAUAGCGCACUAACCAGACAUCAAAAGGUUCACACAGGGGAGAAGGAAUUUGAAUGCGCAGUGUGUGGAAAGUGCUUCUCUCAUAAGGGCCAACUGACCAGUCACCACAAGGUUCACACAGGGGAGAAGCCAUUUGAAUGCUUGGAAUGUGGAAAGUGCUUCUCUCAUAAGAGCCAUCUAAUCAAUCACCAAAAGGUUCACACAGGGGAGAAGCCAUUUGAAUGCUUGGAGUGUGGAAAGUGCUUCUCGCGGAAUAGCACCCUAACCAGACAUCAGAAAGUUCACACAGGGCAGAAGCCAUUUGUAUGCUCGGAGUGUGGAAAGUGCUUCUCUCAUAAUAGACAUCUAACAACUCACAAAAAGGUUCACACAACGGUGAAGUCAUAUAAAUGCUUGGAGUGUGGAAAGUGCUUCUCUCGGACUGGCAAUCUAAGAACACAUCAGAAGGUUCACACAGGGGAGAAGCCCUAUCAAUGCCUGGAGUGUGGAAAGUGCUUCUCUCGGAAUGGUGACCUAACUAAACAUCAAAAGAUUCACACAGGGGAGAAGCCCUAUGAAUGUUUGGAGUGUGGAAAGUGCUUCUCUUCAAAUGGUGAUCUAACUAAGCAUAAAAGGGUUCACACAAGGGAGAAGCCAUAUAAAUGCCCGGAGUGUGGAAAGUGCUUCGCUUGGAGUUCCCAACUAAGUAGACAUCAAAAGAUUCACUCGCGGGAGAAGCCAUACCCAGCCUCACUGUUCUCUGACUUUCUGCAUGUCUAGUCGUUGUCGUCCCCCAUGCACAAACCUUAGCAGAUACUCACAUAGUUCAGCCGCCAAUCUGCUUUGGUAGGCGAAACUCAUUCUCACCCUAGAAGGUUCCAUGAAUACUGCCCAGUGCUUUGUUGAGGAGAUCAGAUUAGGACCUGCAGUUUUUUCCUUUUCCAUUACCCUUUCUCCCCAUUCCUCCUUGCUGUCAUUUAAGUACUUGUAUUAUGCUGUAGGACUCUUUGUUUCAAGCACCAAGUGUACUCUGUUAGGCCUCCAGUAAGCGAUAAUUUGUUUGCCACUAAACGGUAUGCUUUGUUUUGUUCCUUUUGUUCCUUUUCUUGAAUGUCUUCAAUAAAACCUC